AUGAAUGUCUGGACAGGAUCCAUUCCUCUCGGCUCGGACUCCAAGUUAGAAGGGAUUCGACUGGUGGAUCCAAAUUCCUACUCACAGUCCGAGCUAUCCAAGGAGUCCCAGCUCAAUCUCCGUAGCUUCGUGAACCCAGCACUCAUCCCACUGCAUGCACGCGCCGGUCCUAACCUCGAACUACACACAUCCCACGCGGGGACAUCAAGAUGGCUCCAGAGGAAGCUAACAGGCGCCCUAUGGCUGAACGAAGAAGAUCCAGCACUCCAACAAUCAUUCCAAUGCCCAGUGGGUCUGCUGGUCAGCGUCGAAGGCAACACCAAAUCAGGCAACGCAACCACAACAAGCCUAUUAGUCUACGGCGUUCUAUCCAGCGCAGCAUCAUGCACACGCCCGCCUACCCCGCCACAUUCAUCCCCCUCCGAGAUCCCAGAUCACAGAAAUAGACCACAUCGUGCUCCAUAUGAACUCAGAAUCUACGCCGUGCCACUAUCAACAUCACGACUCACGCAAGCCCAAGCCUACCCAUCCCCACCACCCUCCAACCCGGACCAACCCAUCGCCAACCCGCGCUGCGCAGAGUUCCUACCAGACAUAAGCUCUCCCAGCCCCAAACGCAAAAGAGUAGCAACGCUCUUCGAAGUAGUCGCACAGCACCACCGCCGCGUCCGCCAGCGAGGCGGCGAAGCCGUCUCACAACUAAUGGCACCUUCACGACCUCUUUCCUCAUCCCAGAACCUACAAACACUCCGCAUCAAGCGCGAGCCCGAAGAAGACGGACCCACCCUCCCGUCUCUCGACCGGAUCGUCUCCCACCGGUCCAGAUCCGUCUCUAUCGGAGCAGGUCUACAUCGCCCAGGUAGCGUACGCGGCCGCACAACGCCAGCCCUGAAUGCCGAUCCACAAAAGCGCGCGCCUACUCCGAACCCGUGCUUGGAUUCUGGCCCGCGACGUGGAGCACAGAUGUCGCAGGGCCAGGGCCCGUCAUCUCUUUCGGUCUCCGAGGAGAAACCGGCGUCCACGCCAGGCUCGCCGGCUAAGGAUCCGGAUGCUGUGAUUGCGGAUAAUAAGACUCUCAUCACGCGCACCGUCUUGACUUGUAUGCGGCUGUAUGGAUUCCACCGUGCGGAUAUGCGCUCUGCGUCGGGUAAGCCGCCAGGUGGUGCGGGUGCGGAGCCUGAACUUGAUGUCUCGGGCACGACGCCGGCGCCGGAGGCUUUGCGGGCUGAAACCCCGGCACCGGGGAUCACUUCGGAUGAUGAUGAGUUCAAGGUUAUGUACCAUGCGACGUACAAAGCUGCUGCUUUUGCGCUCCGCAGGUACUUGAAGCAGGCACCGGGAGUGGCGCCUUCAGUCUUGAAGAAGGAGAAGGCUAUGACUUGCAUUGAUGAGUUACUGAGGUUGUUCUGCGAGGAGCAUUGA